AUGUCUAAGUUGAAUAUCUUUCAGGGGAAAGUGAACCUGCGAAAUCCAGAUCAUAAAUUCUGCCUGAUGGAUAACGAUGUUUAUGGAGAGAAUAAUGGACUCCCUCCCAUUGUUCAAAGAAGAAUCUUUUUUGGUAGAGAAGUAGGGGCCGCUGAUAGGAAGAUAUUGCAAACUUAUCAGCUAAAGAGCCGCAAAUAUCUUGGGCCAACAGCCAUGGAUGCCGAAAUUGCAUUCCUGAUGUCAAACCAAGCACAAGUCAAACCCGGGAAGCUUGUUUUUGAUCCUUUUGUUGGUACAGGAAGUAUUCUGAUUGCAGCUGCUCAUUUUGGCGCAAUGACAAUGGGUGCAGAUAUUGACAUUCGAGUAGUUCGUGAUGGCCGUGGACCUGAUUGUAACGUCUGGAGCAAUUUUAAACAGUAUGGAUUGCCAAUGCCGAUAUCCUUACUAAGGGCUGAUAAUAAUCUUCCACCUUGGCGCUCUGGUCUAAAAGAGGUAUUUGAUGCCAUAAUAUGCGACCCACCUUACGGCGUACGAGCCGGCGGCCGCAAAUCCGGUGGCCGCAAGCUACUGAAAGGCGUCAUUGGCCCUUACACAGUCCCAGACGAUAAGAGAACCGAUCACAUACCUUCCACGGCUCCUUACAGCCUGGUCGAGUGCGUGCACGAUUUGCUCGAUCUUGCAGCCAAAAUGCUUGUCAUGGGCGGGCGGCUCGUCUACUUCUACCCUGUUCUGAGGGAUGAAGAUUCGCCGGAACCCACCUUCCCGGACCACCCGUGUUUCAAUCUGGUGGGGACAUGCGAGCAGAUUCUUAGCUACAGGUACAGUAGGGUUUUGCUGACCAUGGUUAAAGUCGCGCCUUAUAGUGAGGAGAUUGAGCUGGCAGCUAGGGUUAAGCACUUGGAGUUUAGGGAGAACCAUUUGAAGUGGUUGGAGGAGGGGAAUUUGCAUUCGGCCGUUUUUAGUCCGGUGGAUUUGCAGGUUGACGGUGGGGCGUUUGAGAAGUUUAGCUCCAAGCCGAAGUAUAGGGGAAAGUACGUCUAG